CUCGGCUCCGUCACUUCGGUAAACUAAACAUAUCCUAGGGGCUAGGUUAGCAGACUACAGUCUAGGAGAAGGUUACAGGUUUAAAGCAAAGUUAAAAAAAUCUGAUAAAAAACUGGUCAUUGGAAUAAAAUAUGGUCCUUAGUAACGUCGGCAAUUUGGGAAGUGAUGUUAUCUUAUAUUAAUGAUAACAGUUAAUGAUAACAUGAAUUCAAAUUUUUGGUUGUGUCUUGUACGAAAGUUUUCUAAAAUGUCUUCAAUUCCGUUUAUUGAUAUUGGUGCAAAUUUAACAGAUCCCAUGUAUCAAGGAAUCUACAAUAGUAGCAAAAAACAUAGGGAAGAUUUGGGAGAUGUCUUGGAACGGUCGUGGAAAAACGGUCUUAAAAAGAUCAUUAUAACUAGUGGAUGUUUAAAUGAUUGUGCGGGAGCCUUAAAAAUAGCAUCAUUAAAUGACAAUCUUUACUGCACUGUUGGAUGUCAUCCCACACGUUGUGAUGAUUUUGAUAAAGCAGAAAGUCCGAAUAUUUACUUAAAUCAUUUGGCUGAUGUUAUUAAAAACAACAAAUCAAAAGUGGUAGCUAUAGGCGAAUGUGGAUUGGAUAACCAAAGAUUACACUUUUGUUCCAAAUUAGUUCAAGAAAAGUAUUUUGAAAUGCAAUUACAAUUAAGCGCUCAAUUUAAUUUACCGUUAUUCUUACACUGUCGUGAUGCGGCUUUGACGUUUAUGGAUAUAGUCAAGAGAAACCCUGAUCUUGUAAAAGCAGGAGGUGUUGUUCAUUCUUUUGACGGUAGCCUAGAAGAAGCCAAGGAAUUUAUCGACUUUGGAUUUUAUAUUGGUAUAAAUGGCUGUUCAUUACGAACAGAAGAAAGUAUAAAAACAGUAAUUGCAAUACCGUCUAAUCGUCUGAUGUUAGAAACCGACUGCCCUUGGUGUGAAAUUAAACAAACACAUCCAUCUUAUUCCCAUAUAAAAACCAAAUUUGAUUCGGUUAAAAAGGAAAAAUAUAAAGACGGAUGUAUGGUUAAAGGAAGAAAUGAACCUUCUACCAUUACACAAGUAUUGGAGUGUUUGGCGUCCGUAAGAAAGGAAGACCCCGUAAAACUUGGUACACAAAUUUAUGAAAACACCCUACAUUUGUUUUUUAAAAAUCAAUAAUGAUUGAAUUAAUGACAUAUUUGGACUUAAAUACAUGUUAAUAAUUUGUUUCAAU